AUGGGAGUGCGUGGACUUACGCGCUACUGCCGACAGCACGAGACACAGACGUCUAUUGAAGUAUCGGAUCUACAUGAUGUAACAUUAGCUGUUGAUUUUGUAGGUUUUCUCUAUUAUCUUUGUGAAAAGUUGUUUCAGGAGACCAAGGGAUCGUCUGCAUGGCUUUUAUUCGGUGGUUGUACGUUGAGACUGGAAAAAUACAUGGAGACGUGGCUUCAAAGACUCCAAAAACGACACGUACGUCUUUUGUUUAUUACGGACCCACCACAGAGUUUUGGAGGGGAGAGUCAUCGUAAAGGCCUUUGUCUACAAGAUCGAGCAGUGCAAAAAGCUCAACUGAUUGAACAAGUGGGCCAGAUGACAAAUAGUACUACUACUUCUAGUAGUACUACUACUAGUAGUAGUAAUAAUACUAUGACAAGUACUACUACCCGUGCUACUACUACUUUUAUUAGGAAUAGUACUGCUGGUAGUAGUACUAUUUCUAGUAGUAGUAUUUUUGAUACUACUGAAAAUAGUAGUGCUACUACUCGUGCUUUGCUGGGCAAGACAUUGUUGCAGACGAACGGGCGGUUUCCAUUUGCUCGGGAAAAGUUGCGUGGUGUAUUAAAGAAACACGGUAUUGCUAUUAUGACGGCAAGUCGAGAGGCUGAUGAAGAAUUGGGUGCUUUAGUCCGAACAGGAGCGGCUUUUGCGGUCUUAGGUGAAGACUCGGACUUUUUAGUCAUGAAAGGGGUCAAGUACAUUCCGUUUGGGAAAUUGAUUUUCUAUGAAGACGAGCAGAAAUUAUACGGGAUGAAACUGCGUGCAAGGGUUUUCUCGUCUGAUUUGGUGGCCCAGACACUCGGGCUGCAAGUGGACCAAUUGGUGGACUUGGCACUGCUCUGUGGCAAUGACUUUACGCCAUUAUUGGACAAUGAGUUCGGUAUGGCUGCAGUAUUGGGGUUUCCUGUGCAGCGACAACGAGAGUCAAGCUCGUUGUAUCCUGCAGAUGCAGCACGAUGGGUGGUGGAGCAUUUAUCGACGUUGGAAAACCCUUUUUUGAGUCAGAUUGAGACGAAGAGGAAGGGCUUUUUACGAGCACUUUUUGAAAUUUAUCGAUUUUAUGGACACGAAAAAGCGUUCUUGAAUAAGUUUCCAAUGAACAUUGAGGCGAUUUUACCGCACAAGAAAAUGAAUCGAUACAAAAAGCUGAUAGAUCAAUUCGAUUAUCCCCCGAUGGCGAUCGACAUAUUGGAAAUGAAUGUGCGAGGACUAAGUCAGAGAUUCGAUCCUUUGUCGUCAGUACCUGGACUAAACGGAAAGUCGCUCAAUGAACUGCAAGCACCAGUGCGGUAUCUAUCGUACUUGGCGUUAGACGCGCCGGUGGUGCAAGAAACAACAAUUGAUAGUGUAGUGGAAGUACGUGUCGCACCCUUGGACUGUCUUCGUCCAUUUCUGUCUGUUCCUGUGCAAGGUCGCUCUGCACGUGCGGUAGACCGGAUGCUUCGCUCUUUGGUAUUUCAGCUAUUGUACGACGAUUCUAGUGAAAAAUCUAUGAAGGUGCAUGAGUUAGCAAGUAUGCUUGGAAAGACUGACAAAAAGGGGUUUGCAGUAAAAAACAUAGUGUAUAGUCUACUUGCCUUGUGGAAACAAGAUUGCAUGUACCUUGCUGACGCAAGGUUACUGGACGAUCGACUUCUUGAGCUCUUGUUGCUAUCGUCCCUGAUUUCACUGGCGGUAGAUAUGUCCAAGAAAAAGUCAGAACCUUGGGAUCUCGUCGUGUUUGACGAGCAGCUUUUGAAUAUGGAAGCCUAUGCUGUCGUGGGCGGCUAUCUGGAGAUCCUCAAACAGCUUCACCAGCUGCGGCUUGUGAUAGGUAAUAAUUUGCCACGAAAGUCGGGUUGCGCAACGUAUUUCUCGGGUGAAGUGUUCGUUCAAGUUUCGAAGAUUAUGAUGCAGCAUGGUAGCAACACUAGCCCAGCGAGGAAGGAGACGUUUACACGAAAAGAGGUAAAGCCGGUGAUCAAGUCUUUCGCUGAAAUUUCUAACUUUAACCUUUUUUGGAAUCAUUACACGACCGUCCGUGUUACGAUGCAACGCAUGAAAGCAAUGAUCCCGCUUCCACCUAACGUAAUGCGCGUCAACAAGAAUAAGAGCAUUGUGGUUAAUGCAUUGGAAACUGCCAUGACGAAGAAUGGUUCUAUCAACACCGAUAGUGCUGAAGUACCGUCAUUAAUUCCACCUCCCCUUCCUCCGACUGAGUUCAUGCCACCGUCACUGCUUGGCUCGCUAUCGCCAACGCUUAACUCUCCAUUGGUUAUAGCCAAUGCUGGAGACCAAUUUAUUCCGCCUCUGCCACCUGGAUCUUCCUCGAAUCUUCGAGCAUCUGCGCCCGCAUUUGGUUCUCGUUCGAUAAAGUGGUUCAUGCCGUCGUCUGUGGCAAAGCGUAGGGGCACCAACAGUGCUGUGCGCCAAGACGCCGGGUAUGUGCCGAACACGGAAACCGAGCCCAAAAAGCCAGUGAGUCUGAAGGGUUUGAUGAAGACGCUGCCAGUGUUUGGUCAUCGAAAAGAGAUUCUAGACAACGUGAUGGAAAAUCAACUGACAAUCAUUCAAGGCGAGACUGGUUGUGGUAAAAGUACGUCGGUGCCUCAGUUUUUGUACGACUCUUGGGCUCGAGAUCGCGCUACUAGUGAACGUCCUGUGAACAUCUACGUUACACAACCACGGCGUAUUGCUGCGAUUGAACUGGCUAAUACGGUGGCUAGGAUGCGGGAAGGGAACGAGUUUGGAGAGGAUGGCCAAGUAGGAAAAAUUGUUGGAUACAGGAUCGGGCAAAAACAGCUGAUUUCCAGCAAGACUAAGAUCACGUACGUCACGACUGGGUACAUGGUUGAGCGGCUUAUUCAUGACCCGGAUGCGUUGCAGAAUAUCACGCACUUAGUGCUUGAUGAAGUACACGAGCGCAGUAUGGAUGUUGAUUUGCUGUUGUUACUCCUAAAGCUGCAGCUGAAAGAUCAUUCUCAUCUUCGCUUAGUGAUCAUGUCUGCAACCAUGGAUGCGCAAAUUUUGAUAGAGUACCUUGGCAAGGCGCUCUCGACGCGUUUAGUCAACAGAAAACCUCUUUUUGUUGGCUCCAAGCUGUUUCCAGUAGAAACCGUCUACCUAGACGGUCUUUCAGAAUGGUUUCCAGGUCUGUGGCGACGGCGUCAAAAGGAAAUGGUGCUUUUGAGAGACCAAUUCCAAAUACUUUCGCAAAAGGGCUUGAGUGCAAACACUGAAAUGGCGAAGAAGGCCAUCACAAAGAUACAUGAAAAGCAGUUGGUUAUUGUUGAGGAGAUGGUGCGUUUACUCAUCGAUGGCCACCGUGAUCAGACUGGAUCACAGUGUAUUCUCAUAUUCCUGCCUGGUAUUGGAAGCAUUGACUCGCUAUAUGAGUCGUUGAGCAUCAUUGCGAUGAGUGCUGGCGGCCAAAAUGUGCAAGUGUUGGUGCUGCACUCUGGAAUUGAGCUAGAGCAUCAACAGAAGGCAUUCAAAUUGCUAGGGGCGAGGUCCACCAAAAUUAUUUUGUCUACAAACAUUGCUGAGAGCAGCGUGACCAUCCCUGAUGUUACGCAUGUGAUCAAUUGCGCAAUAGAAAAGCAGAUUGAGAUGCCAAAUGCAGGGAAAUCGCACGCGGAGGUAUUGGUAAAUACUUGGUGCUCACGUGCUUCUGCGACACAACGCUCAGGGCGUGCUGGACGAGUCAUGCCUGGCACGGCGUUUCAUUUGUUCACAGAGUCAUUCCGCGACCGCUGUAUGGCUGAAUACAAUACCCCGGAAUUGCUGCGUAAACCGCUUGACCGCAUCGUGCUGCAACUGAAGGGACGGCUUAGCCAGUUUGGAGUGCCCAGCUCACUUCUCAGACAGGCUUUGGACGCACCAGAUCUUUCUCAUAUUGGUGGAGCCUACAAGCUGCUGUCUUCAUUCGAUGCCAUUGACUCGGAUGAAGAAGAUAAAUCUCGUUUGACUAGGUUCGGGUCUUUUGUCUGCCAGAUGCCUCUCAGCCUCGAGCUGUGUCGACUACUAAUGACUGGCGCCUACAUGGUCCGUGAUACCACUAGCAAUGGUGAGUCGUGGACGUUGUUGCUGAAUACUGUCGUGCUAGUGGCAAUUCUUGCCGUACCGGAUGUGUUUGUGAUGCCGUCGUUCUAUCAUGCACAGUCUACACAAAGUUAUUUGAAAGAAAUGAAGAAGAACUUGCAGGCAAAGCUGAAACUGGAUGAUGGAAUGUGGAGCGAGCCACUAUCAAUCUGGUUGUUUUAUAUGAAAACGAUGAGUGAGCAACCUCGAAACGGCAAGCGCAACUUGAGCGGCGUUCUUUACAAGAUGUCGAUUGCCGCUCGACGGUACCAGACUCUGAAUUUCUUGAUCUCGGAUCUUUGUGUACGCUUGAUUGCGCUGUCGAAGAGCAAAUCCGAUGAGUUUAACCAUCUCUUGGACGCAAAAACGGUCAUUAUGUUGAGUAAAUUGGAUGGGUACGCAAGCUCGCAGCGGGUAGACAAGCAUCUUCUAGAAUUUGCUCGAGACACUAUCGCUGGCAAACGUAAUGAAGUGAGUGUCUUGCGUUUUUUGAUAGUUCAGAACUACGGUGAGCAUCUCAUUGGGAGUGCACGGGCGAAGCCCACCAAAUAUGCGGAUGAUGAUCAUGACGGCACUGAUCGUGUGGAUUUAAAAGUGGACAGGGAAGAAGCUGCGAGGUUUCUUUCUUUGUCGAAUAAAGAGAAGGCCACACUAUUCAAUCAACUCGCUAGCAGCCCCAACCCGACGGAUGAGCUUGCAGCUCUCGCCCACGAGCACGACAUCGUGUCGAUCUACUCUUACACCACUUCAAAAAGUCACGCAGGAGGUGAGCGCGAAGAAAACUGCUUUAGCGAAGUAACCAAAGAUACUGUAUCGAGAAUGAGCUUUCCAGUAUCGCUGGUUUACUACAUUCGUGGCGAAAAGUUUCCUGUGAACUUGGCCAUGCGGCCGAAUCCGGACGAAAGUGAGCACGCGUAUAAGUUUCGUGUAUCGGGCAGUACUGCGUGUGGAUUAUCGUGGCAGCAGCAAAAAGAUAACGUCAAGGCAUCAACUGGUAGCCGCAGCCUCUUUUCGCUGCCUAUCCGACCACUGGAAACGAAACCAAAGAAGGGGGAAAGAGAAGCCAAACUAUUAGCGGUAUAUGCUGAGCGAUUGUUCACUGGCGAUGAGACGAGAAUGUGGUGCACCAACUGCACGCUGCUUCCCCCAAGUAGCUUGUGUUACUACCCGAUUAUGCUGCUGGUUACUGCUCCACGACACGCGAACAUUCAAUUGCACAUGGAUGCAAAAGUGGGAGAAAUUUUACUGGUAAAGGUAGGGGCUCAAGACGCAACUUUCCCACGCAAAAUGGCCCUUCGUGUUGAAGUACUAGCUACGAUCAACGCAGUACGUGCAGCAUUAUCGGAUGCGCUUAACGCGAGAGUAGGGGGUCGACGAGUGUGCGUGUCCGACUUGUUGGCAUUGGCGGAUGAUUCUGUCUUUUUGACAAAGGAGAGCAAAGCAAGAGUGAGGGACUGCAAGUGGCAACGCUUGUCAAUGAAUUUGCCCGACAAAAGAAUGCUGACAGAAGGAGAGACGCCGACUCGUUUUCCAGCGUUUUAUAUGGCUUAG